AUGCAUUUCAAUACCCUCCUCCUGUCGCUCGCGUCGACUGCCAUAGCGACCGCAACCCCUGCACCAGCUCGUCUGUGGGCAACCCACUACAGUGGCGAUGUGUAUACACUAGAACUUGCCCAGAACAACCUAACCAUCAAACAAACCCUCAAAACAUGCGGCGAUAUGCCAAGCUGGCUGACGCUCGACUCCAAAACGCGCACAGUCUACUGCUCCAACGAGGACGGGACAACCGAUCCCUCUACGCACGGCAGUUUGACAGCACUGCGCGCCGCGCAAGAUGGCCAAUUGCGCGAGAUCGCAGUGACCGACACCGUCGGCGGAGGCGUCAAUAGCGUGAUCUACGAAGCGGGUACGGGGAAGAAGUUCCUCGCAAUUGCGCACUACGGGGGCGCUGCCGUCUCGACAUUCUCGCUUCCCAUAAAAAAGGACCAGCCGGCCCUUCAGGCCUUCCACUUCAACCUGACCCACCCGGGCAAAGUGGCGCAGCAGGACUCAUCCCACCCACACGAGGUCUUCCUCGAUCCCACAGGAUCAUUCAUCUUGAGCCCCGACCUUGGCGCGGACCUGCUGCGCACGUGGUCUAUCGAUGAGUACUCGGGUAAACUAGAGGAGUGUCCCAGCACGAACGUCACAUUCGGCAGUGGGCCGCGACACGCAGUUUUCUGGACAGACGGCACGGACAAGACAACCGGUGGCGCGACGCAUGAGCGCAAGCUCGCGUCUGUCGGGAAGACGAUGCUGUAUCUGGUUAAUGAGAUUGGGGGAACGAUGAUGGUCUAUGAUGUCUCCUAUUCGCGAUCUGGGUGUCUGUCGUUGGAGAAGAAGCAGACCAUUGUCCCGUACCCGAAGGGUGUGAUGCCCAAGGGUGCGACGCCGGCCGGUAUCAAGCGCGUUGGCAAUGCGCUGUAUGUUUCCAUUCGGUCGGACCAAAAAUACAAGCCGAAUGACUCGAUGGUCGUGCUUGACCGGUCGCCCAAGGACGGAUUAGUGAAGGUGCGAAACUCCACGUCUGCCUAUGGCAAGGUCCCACGGACGUUCGUGAUCAAUCGGGCCGGGGAUCUGGUUGCGAUCGGCAACCAGGCUUCGGCGAAUGUGGCCAUUGUGCGUCGGGACCAGAAGACCGGCAAUUUGGGCGAACAGGUUGCUGUUCUACAAGUUGGGGAGCCUGGGAAGGUUGGAACUGCUGAGGGCUUGAGCAGCGUCAUCUGGGAUGAGUAA